AUGAGGAGGUCGAGUGGCGAGUUGCUGAUCCUCCUGGCAGCUUGCAUCAUCCACGUGGACCAUUGUGCGUGUGAACGGUUGGACUAUGAGCGGGACCUUUGCACUGACGCGAGAGUGGUGGUGGGGAACAAGUACUACACCAUCGUGGAUGACGAGCCGAUGACAUUCGACCAAGCAAAGUCCACCUGCGGUAGUGUGGGCGGCCGCCUGGCAUCCACCCGAUACCCUGCUCACUAUCGUGCUUACAGGGAGCUAAUGAAUACGGUGAACGGCAGAUACAGGGUUCUGCUGUGUGUCUCCGUCACGCACGGCGGCGGCGUCACCACGGCGGCGGUGUCCUCGUGGGUCGAGAUCGCCCUGUCUCCUGUUAAUAUCCUCAUCACUGGAGGGUCCAGGAGGUCCCAGAGUGGGGGCUAUCUUAUGGGCCAAUUCCAAGAGGAGGCGUACACUAUAGACCCAGAUCUGCAGGUAGAGGAGUCGAAUUCCUACCCCAGGUUCGUUGACAAGUGGGACUGGACCUGUCGCCUCCCAGAAGGAACCUUCAUCAUGCGUGUGGAGAACCCUCACGGAACGUCAGGUCGUGACUGGCUGCCUUACGAACAGGAGGUGACUCUGUUCCCACAGGGAUAUCCCACCUGCUAUAUAAGGUACCUUCCAUCCAACGACCUGGGCCCCGAGCACUCCUUCUAUUGGAGUCUGAAGCAAGCUCCGGACGGGUUCCCCGGCGUGGACUGGGGAAACGACACUCGGACAGGCCAGUAUCAGGAAGAACUCAUCGUCAAAGACCAUGUACCGGGAGAGUACAUCCUUCGUCUGGACAUCCUGACCAAUGGCGUUCUCUGCGUCACCGGCAACUGCAGCUAUGCGGAGUGGAAGUUCACCAUCCCGGCUCCGCCCGCCAACGCGCGCCAACCCGUCUGUGCUGCCGACAUACCGGUACCUCUCUCCUCCGUCGAGUGCAACCGAACGCAGCCGUACAGCGAGGAGGACCCGGGGUGGGCCGGAGAGGGCUGCGAGUGCCGGGAGGUCUCCAACCUCUGCGCCGUUAGCCCGACGGAGGGAAUCGCCCUGACCACCAGAUUUGACCUGAGCUGCCUAGACUUUGAGGGAAUUGGAGCUAUUCGCUAUGAGUACUACUACAGAACACGGGCCACGGCUACAGUCAGCACUCUGGUGACCUCCAAGGAGUCAGGGCAUUACAACUUACUGUACCAUGGGAUGUCGCCGACGCCGCGUCCGUUCAAACUGCCGUCCGGCCUGGCGGCUGAUGACUUCAAGGUCUUCAUUCUAGUGGAGGCGUCCGACCAGCAGGGGACGACAAAAACAAGCGAGCUGGAACUCACGGUUCGGCUGCCUCCAAGUUUCGAAGAGCUUCUAACCGCCAUUGACGAGACCGACGCCGAAGUGCAGCGGGCCAUCCGGUUGGCAAACAAGAUGGAGGCGGUGCACCUGAGCACCAUCACGGCCACAACUCUCAACAACAUCCGCGCUGAGGGCAGCUAUCCAGUGGACGACUGGAGAGCGAAUCGGAACGCCACAGCCACAGCUUUUCGCGCCAUAAAUGAGCUGACUGACGGGAUUCUGAAGGGCAAGAAAAGAAUGGAAGUCGUCACGAUGAUAUCAUCACAGGACUUCCAGGUGGUGGUGAACAGGACUGACUGUCGAUGGUGGUUCGACUAUGAGAAUCACACCGUCCAUUUUACCAGCUUUGAAGACGGGACUUGGUUCCGACUGCCUCCGCUACGGGUGAUCGUGAAGGCAUACGCUCGUUCAGUUUUGAAAAUUAGGGGUGUCAUCAGCCAGUCUCGACUGCAGUCAAUAGCCAGGGACCAUUUCUGCGCCUCUAGAGGCACACAGGUUUUCCACAGCCGAUGGAGGAACCCUUUCGAGUACGCCACCAACUUCAGCCGCCGGGACCUGAAGGUCGGGAUAGGGGGGCUGCACUUCACCGACGCCUUGGAGAGGAAGGGGAUUUCCGGCCUGGAGGAACCCGUAGAGUUUUCUAUCCUCAGGCACAACCAGUCUGCGGCAGCGAUGGAGUUUGACGACGUUGCAGAAAUUGUGUACGUCCCGUUUAAGUACAACAGCUCCAUCGACCCGCCCGACAUGUACAUCUUCCUGGCUCCCCGGGACCCCCUGGUGUCCCCAGCCUUCACCCUGUACCUGGCGUACGGCAUCAAACCUAACGCCUCUCAGUUCGACCUGACCACUACACUUCCAGUUCCUGCUAACAUGAGCUAUUCGCUUGACCUGGCUGAGAACGUCACGGUGACGUCAGAUCCGUACAGCUGGCGCAUGCGUCUCGGUGACGUAGAUCCGGUCACGUGGGGCGGCAAUGACACCAACUGGUACCUCGGAAUUAAGCGUGCAGAAAUAGAGGGAAACGAUGACGAAGGCGGUUCAUCGGUGCCGCUUGGAGUCUACAUUGAACCGGUAGAAUGUGUCUUCUUCGACGAGAAGCGUCAUUUCUGGAGCCGGAGGGGUUGCGAGGUUGGACCACUGACGAGUCGGACCCACCUCCACUGCCUCUGUGACCACCUGACCAAGUUUUCCGGCCUGGUGGCUCCGAACGAGAUAAACUUCGAGCGCGCGCUGAAAGGGUUCCUCCUGCUGAAGAACCUGAUCCAGAACCCGGUGGGCAUCAUGACGUGCUGCGUGCUGUUCUCCUUCUACAUCGCCCUGUGCGUGCCCUGGACACGGAAAAACGACGCCAAGGACCUCGGGAAGGUCACCACGGCAGCAAUCUUCGAUGACACAGAAGACCCCAAACCUCGUUACUACAUGAGGGUCUUCACCGGGCCGAGAGUUAAUGCCGGGACAACAGCAAAGGUGUCCAUCACGCUUCACGGGGCGGCCCGGGAGUGCGGGCCGUUCCUCCUGCACCAGCCCUACGCCGCCAUGUUUGAGCGGGGGAACGUGGCCGGGUUUGUUCUGUGCACCCAGACCGACCCGGGCUGGCUCACCCACGUGCGGGUCUGGCACGACAACUCCGGCAAGGAGCCGUCAUGGUUUCUGGACAGGAUCAUUGUGGACGAUCUACUGCUGGAAGAGCAGCACUUUUUCCUCUGCAACAGGUGGUUGGCGUUUGAUGAAGACGAUGGGAAAAUAGAGCGGGUUUUGCCUGCAGCCAAGGACGAGCAACUGGUGGCCUUCAGCACUCUGUUCGCUGAUAGAACCACAAAGGACCUGAGAGACGGGCACAUCUGGUACUCUGUGUACGGCCGCCCUGCCAGCAGCCCCUUCACGCGGACCCAGCGGGUCUCCUGCUGCCUGUCCAUCGUCAUGUGCACCAUGCUGGCCAACAUUAUGUUCUUCGGCCGAGGAGACGACUUCGACCAGCCGGAACCCGUCAACAUCUUUGGAUUCGACGUCAAGAUCCCGAUUUCCUGGCCCCAGAUUGUCAUCGGUCUGCAGAGCGCCGCGGUGGUGUUUCCUAUCAACGCAGUCAUCAUCUGGAUUUUCCGCAGCGUCAAACCGCGGCCUGAUAAAGCACACAAGAAGGGCACUUUAGCUACUUCUGGUGACAUCCAAAAAGACAAGUCGGACGGACGUCGACGUGCCAAGCGGUCUUCACAGACCAAGCCAACUUCCACCGAACUGUCAAGCACACAGAUUUACCUGAUGAACGUGGAGCCUUCCUUACCUGAACAGGUACGGAAGGAAGCUGCCCGUGCACAACAGCACAUCAAACGGGACCAAGUCACUCAAAUGACUUCUCCAGGACAGGCCAAGUCUCAAGGGUUCCUCCUGGUGUUCGUGACCACCAACACGGCUGCGUUCUUCGUGAUGCUCUACUCGUUUGAGUUCGGGCGGGAGAAGACGGAGGCUUGGCUGCUCAUCUUCCUGACGUCAUUCCUGUCUGACCUCAUCCUCAUCCAGCCGGUCAAGAUCCUCGCCAUGGCAGCGCUGUUCGCCGUCUUUUACAAGAAAGCAGAUAAACGGGAGGAAGGGAAGAGAUGCGAUCUAAAGCAAUGCGAGGACAUUGCUAAAGAGCAAAAGCAGAGCACACCUACCCCUGCCCUCCCCGGCUCCCCGGAUCUGGCCCAGGCCCGGAUGGUGGCCGUCCGCCGGAGGAAACUCAGGACAAUCCUGAAGGAAGUGUCUGUGUACGCGCUGUUCCUUGGCGUGGUGAUGCUGGCUGCGUACGGACAGAAGAACCACAUGGCCUUUCACAUGUCCAACGAGGUGCAGCGGCUCGUUGUGCACGGCGAGGAAAUGUCUUUCGAAGAGGUGAGUGAUUCGGAGUCCUACUGGACCUGGCUGGAGGACGCAGCCGUCCCGAGUCUUUACCCAGACGCCCCUGCGGCUGGCCCGGACCCGCCCGUUUACCGUGUAGGACCGAUACGGCUCCGCCAGGCCAGAGUCAAGAUGGAUCCUGACUGCCUGACGACAGUGUCCCCAGCAAACCAGACAUCAGGGUGCGGCAGACGCUAUGAUUUCUUCAGUCAGGACGAGGGGCGGUACGGAGAAGGGUGGCUGCCGCUGCCUGCAGUCAACAUCAGCGCUCUCAACGGGACCAACGGCACCGCAGGGACGGCAGACGGGAACAGCACAAGCCCAUGGCGGUUCCGGGCGUCUGAAGAUCUACAGGAGUUGCCCUAUGCGGGAGAGCACAACGUGUAUUUCGGCGGAGGCUAUGUCGCCGACACGUCCCACAACUCAACACAGACCCUGGCAACACUGCGAGAUCUGAAGAACCAUGGCUGGAUCGACAGAGCCACCCGAGCCGUGUUCACGGACGUGACGCUGUACUCGCCCGACGCGAACCUGUUCUCCAUCGUGACUCUACUGGUGGAGUUCCCGGGUGUCGGGGCCGCCUUCCCCCGCUGGGAGGUCCACACCGUCCGCCUCUACCGCUUCCACGGCGCCUGGGACGUCUGGAUGGCGCUCGUCUACAUCUCCGCGCUCGCCGUCUUCACUUUGGUCUUCGCCAUCAGAGAAGUAAGGAAAGCUUACAACAGCGGAGCCCUGUACCUCAUGGACUUCUGGAACUGGGUGGAGGUGAUCAUCAUCCUCCAGUCCCUGGCGGCGGUCGCCACCUUCUUCUACUCCGAGGCAGUUCUGGAAGAGGUGGCUGGCGAUGACGUCACUGGUCUCGCGGGAAACUUCGUGAACUACCGGCGCGCUGCCUUCUGGGACGGGGUCUACACUUACGUCGUCGCCGCUCUGCUGUGCAGCGUGACCUUGAAGAUGACCCACCUGCUGCGGUUCAGCCAUCGCGCGUCUCUCCUCACCCACACCCUCCGACUCAGCGUCCGCCCGCUCUCGGGAUUCUCAGUCAUGUUCUUUCUCUACUUCUUCGCCUUCGCCAUUCUCAUGCAUCUCACCUUCGGCCUGCGCAUGCGCUCCUACAGUUCCUUCGCUCGGACCUUCGAGGCCUUGGUGACCAUCAUAGCCGGUGAUCUGAACUUUGCCGAAAUCUCCACCACGACUGGAAAUCUGGGCGUUUUUGUUCUGUUUCUGUUCGUCCUUGUCUUCAAUAUCUGUUUGAUCGGUUUCUUUGUGGCCAUCAUCGACGAGUCUUAUCAUAUCGCAAAGGAAGAUGAGCAGUUAGAAAGUACUGACAAUGACCUGAAAGGGUUUUUCAAAUAUCAAAUGCAAAAACUAAAACCAAGAAACAAGGCAAGAGAAGCCAGUGUUGAAAACACUACUAUGAUGGGGCCUGGAUAUGCAGAGCUGAAAGUAAAUGUGAUAAAGAGGCUGAGGACAGCUUUUGAUGACUUAGAUGAAAGAUGA